CCGUUGAGUGAGGAGGAUUUCCCAGAACUUGGGGCGAAGCUGACCAUCGCCGAUGAAAAGAAGCCUGAAACUGCAGUAACGGAGCCGCAGGAAAAUGGUCAAGGAGCCAGUGUUAACUCAAAUGAUGUCGCAUCAAAGCAACCGAUCGAUUCAAAAGGUUCAGCGGAAUCAGGAGCGAUUGAAUUUGAAGAGCCAUCCGAAACAAUGGAAGAGUUGUUGCAACGUUGUUUUUUGGCCGCAUUGAAGUAUCGUGUCGCGGCCAAGAAAGUGGAACUUCCGUUGGAUGUGGGCGAAUUUUAUUCACGUUUCGUGUUGGCGUGUUGUCCGCCAAUGAGAAGACUCGACAUGAAGAAGACGAAAUACAAGAAAUUCUCCGUAUUUUUGCACGAAAUAAAUUCGUCGGCUGCUGGAUCAAUCAUGAAGACAGCACCGAGAGGAAAAGGCCUUGAUGAGAUUGUUGAAAUCAAUUGGGAGCAUCCAUUGCUGAGUGAUUUCAAACGAACCGACGAGGUGACGGAAGAUUUGGUGCAACAGACAAAGGCACGAUCUCAAAUCCAGAUCAACGAAUACUUCAGUGUCACUGAGCCAGUUUUGCCGCUGUUUCGCCUCGAAGGAGGACUGUCGAGGGGAGAUCUGCUCGAGACUAAACGAGUACGAGAAAUUGUCACAACGUAUGCGAAGAAUAGGGAAUUGGGCGAUAAGAAUCGAGUUCAUUUACGAAACGACGAACUAUUGCAAAGUAUAGUGAAGCAUCCGAGUGAGACGAUCGAUUGGAAUACGUUAAUGCAGAAAAUUUUAUCGAAAAUGACUAAAACAUUCGUCAUUAUAACGGCAGACGGGCGAGAGACAGUUCGUAAAAUUGAAUUGCCGAAAAUUGUUUUCAAAGUAGAAACUCGAUCGGGUAAUAAAAAGAUAACAUUGGUGAACAAUCUUUGUGUUUAUGGAAUUGACGCGAAACCGUUCUGUCAUAAAGUACAAAUUGGAAUCGCUACGUCUGCAACAAUACUCAACGAUGCACCGUUAUGUGAGGGACCUCAGGUGAUCAUUCAGGGAAAUCAGGUUCAGUUCGCUAGUGAACUACUCACAAAUGAGUAUGGUGUUGAUAGCAAGUAUAUGAGUGGUUUGGAAUUGAUACCGAAAAAGAAACGAAAGUAA